AUGGCUGCUCCCCGUUCAACGUCAUUACGCGCUCUCCGCAUGCUUUCCCAGCAGCAUACCACCACACCUUGCGUUCGCCGUAGCUUGCAUAUCACAGGCGCAAACUCCGCUCAACCGGUUAAUGUGACCGACAAGGCUUCGUUUUAUGCCACUCGUACUUUAGCUGAUCUCAAGCUCGAAUGUAAAAAGAGAUCGAUAGCAAGCAAUGGUACUCAGGCCGAGCAUUGCGAUGAAAAGAAUCAAUGGCAAAGCUUCUACAGAGUAUGCUUUCCCUCCGUUCGUCAUUUCAACACCUCUCGUGCCGCAAAGGCCGUUGGAGAUUCAUCCACCGUCGACUUUGCAUACUUCCCUUCUAUGGAGGAGAUUGAUGUUCCCCCCUCCCGUCCGGACCCACGCUUUCCGAUCCUCUCCGAUAUCUACAAGUACUAUGAUCCCUCAAAGCAGACGAUCACGUCUGACCCACCCAUGAAGCCGCAGGUCUAUACUGUAUCUGGGGAAGAUGUGGCUGCGAGCCCCAUGAGUGAGGUUGUUGACAAUCACUCAAUAGACAUUGAUCCCUUCUCUUUGACGGAGACCGUUGGCAGGUCCCGUUUGGGCGAAGAGCUGCAAAGACAGCAGAGCGGAUCACAAGCCAAAGAGCCUGGUAUUGUCAGGGAGCUUUGGUCCGGAUUUGUGGAAGACCUCUUAGGUCCUAAACAGCCGACCCAGAGAAAAUGA